GCGGCUUUGUCCAUUGCCCUGCCUAUCCGAUUUCAGCGUUUAAUGUUUGCGAUUGCAGAUUAGACUGUUAAGUGAGAAAUUUUGGUGGUCGCCGCCUCUAGAUUGCCUGCAGUUGCGCGAUCCUUGGGAGGAAGUUUAAUUGACGGCGUUGUCCCUACGUUGACUGAUGGAUUGGAAAGGGCAGAAGAUGGCAGAGCAGCUGAUGCAGCUGAUGUUGGUAUCGUUUGCAGCGGCUGCAUUCGUUACAGGCUAUGUCUUGGGGUCAUUCCAGAUGAUGCUGCUCAUCUAUGCAGCUGGGGUUGUGCUGACUUCACUCAUAACCAUUCCCAACUGGUCCUUUUUCAACCGUCACCCCCUCAACUGGUUAGAUCCCAUCGAAGCUGACAAGCACCCGAAGCCACAGGCUGCUACAGCCUCUGCCCCCAAGAAGAAAUCAUCUCACAGAAAAGCCAAUUGAAGGUGAAUCUCCUAAGGUAUUAUAUCAUAUUAUACAUGAGUUCUUUAUUAUUAUUAUUAUUAUUAUGCCUUGGAUAGAUGGUUGAUGAAAUAUGGAUGUUUUGAACCUUGAUUUUACUAUCUGGUAUUGGCUACACAAGUAUUUCCCAUAACUAGUGAUGCCUUUUUGGUACAUUCUUUGUGGUGUUACAAUAUAUGUCUUGCGCUACAAUAGUCGGUCCUGGGCUAGGUUAGGUUAUAAAAUUUGCAUGAAAAGUUUAAAUAUAUGUGUAUAUAUCGAUUCUGGGUAGAAAUGGCUAUAGGCUUGUCUUAGAGCAAAUACAAUUUUAUAUGGAAGCUUUUUUAUUCAAGGUUUUAAAUUCUAAUCUAA